AUGAAAUCUAGUGAAGUUUCGGAUUAGAUAACUAAAAUAAUAGCUGAUGUAGAUUUGACUGAUAAAACAGAUUAUUUAAGUAAAAAUCUAUCAGGUGGAUAAAAAAGAAGAUUAUCAGUAGCUAUUGCAUUUAUUGGGAAUUCAAAAUUAGUAUAUUUAGAUGAACCUACAUCAGGAAUGGACACAAGUGCAAGAAGAUAUAUUUGGGAAAUGUUAAAGAAUUACAAAGAUAAUAGAAUCAUAGUAUUAACAACUCAUUUUAUGGAUGAAGCAGAUUUUUUAGGUGAUAGAAUAGGUAUAAUGGGUGAAGGUAAAUUAUUGUGUUCUGGAAGUAGUGUAUUUUUGAAGAAUAGAUUUGGAGUAGGAUAUAAUAUAACUUUAGUUAAAGAAAAUACAUAGAUUGAUUCUCAACCAAUUAUAGAUAAUGUAAUUAAUUAUAUAAACUCUGCUACUGUUUUAUCAAACGUUUCUGCUGAAAUAGUAAUUUAAUUACCAAUAGAUUCAGUUGUUUAAUUUCCAAAUUUAUUUGAAUAUUUAGAUAAAAAUUUAAAAAGUUUACACAUAGCAACAUAUGGAAUAAGUAUAACUACAUUAGAAGAAGUAUUUUUAAAAGUAGCAAAAAUAGGAGCUGGACAUAAAUAGGUAGAUGAUAUACAAAGUAGAGAGAAGAAAGACGAGAUAAUUAAAGAUUGAAAAAAUUGAAGGAUGUUUUUCAAUUUUCUUUUAACAUUUGUUUGCAUUGAUGUAAAAAAGAUUUAGAAUAAUCAGAAGGGAUACAAGAGGUUUAAUUUGUGAAAUCUUUGUACCAAUUUUAGUAGUAAUUUCUGGAUUAGCAAUAAUGACUGUAAAAUGGGUGAAAGAUGAUGAAAUAGCUAUAAUUACACCAUAGAGUAUGUAUGUUGAUUAGAAAUUGUAAUUAUUUUGGGGAGGAGAUUAAGCAGGAUUGGAUUUAAUGUAAUAUUUUUCUGCUUCUGAAUGGAGUGUAGAAAAGUUAUCCUCAAAUCUGGAAAAAGCAGAUUAAGAAUACUUCGAUUAAUUUGAAUUAAGAAAAAGUCCAGGAUGGUAUUUUUUAAUUAAGUUAUUGGACCUACAUAUUCUUAUAGGUUUUUACAAAAUUCAGUAUUUGUUCAAAGUUCUCCACUUUUAUUAAAUUAAAUGA